AUGGCAGUGAAGUCCGUCCUUGGGAGCCAGUCUGACGCGACUGGACGUCUAGCCAGAUGGCACUAUAGAUUGCAGGAGUACGAUGCUGAACCGGUUUGCAGCCCAAGGAAGUCACAGAAGAGGAAUCAUACCGCCCAUACCUACAAGACGAUUGGUACCGGCGGAUUGUUGGGAAGCUCCUCGCUGGAGACAUUGAUAAACGGUUCAAUCUAGUGAACGUCGAAGGCGAGUACCAUCUCGCUUACCGCGAGGCAAGCGGCCGUUGGGCACGAUGCGUCCUACAGACCGAACUGCCGGCGAUUCUAUAUGAGCUACAUGACAUACACGGC